GGAGGUGCUGUGCGCCCCGGCGCGGCCGCUGGGCCACCGGGCCACACGGCCACCCGGCCCCGGCGCAGCUGCCUCCCGAGAGCCCCGAGCCGGAGCCAGACGCCGCGGGCAGGGCGGCCCGGCCCGGCUCCCACCAUGAGCGCCGAGCUCAGCGUGCCUAUGGACCCCUCCGCCCCCGCCUGCCCUGAGCCCGGCCACAAGGGCAUGGAUUACCGCGACUGGGUGCGCCGCAGUUACUUGGAACUGGUCACCUCCAACCACCAUUCAGUGCAGGCCCUGUCCUGGAGGAAGCUUUACCUGAGCAGGGCCAAGCUGAAGGCCUCUAGCCGGACCUCAGCCCUCCUUUCUGGCUUCGCCAUGGUGGCCAUGGUGGAGGUGCAGCUGGAGACCCAGUACCAGUACCCGCAGCCGCUGCUGAUCGCCUUCAGUGCCUGCACCACGGUGCUGGUGGCCGUCCACCUGUUCGCCCUGCUCAUCAGCACGUGCAUCCUGCCCAACGUGGAGGCCGUGAGCAACAUCCACAACCUCAACUCCAUCAGCGAGUCGCCGCACGAGCGCAUGCACCCGUACAUCGAGCUGGCCUGGGGCUUCUCCACCGUGCUGGGGAUCCUGCUCUUCCUGGCCGAGGUGGUGCUCCUCUGCUGGAUCAAGUUCCUCCCCGUCGAUGCCAGGAGCCAGCCGGGCCCGGGCGGCCACACGGGCUGGCAGGCGGCGCUGGUGUCCACCAUCAUCAUGGUGCCCGUGGGCCUCAUCUUCGUGGUGUUCACCAUCCACUUCUACCGCUCGUUGGUGCGCCACAAGACCGAGCGUCACAACCGCGAGAUCGAGGAGCUGCACAAGCUCAAGGUGCAGCUGGACGGGCACGAGCGAAGCCUGCAGGUGGUGUGAGCCUGGCCCGCCCCGAGGUGAGCUUGACCUGCAGGCGGCGUGGCGUGGGGGCCGUGGGGGCCCGGGGCUUCCCAGGCAGGCCCUCUCGCGAGAGUUCCAGACCAAAGCUCUACUCCUGUCUCAGCCUGGGUGAGGGUCUCUUGGAACGUGGAUGCCAGCUCAACCUAGAGCGCGCAUUGCUAACAGCCGCCGGGCAGAGGGAGGAACGCUGCUCAGGUGUCCUGGGGCCAUCUUGAGUCAGGGACAAGCUGAAGACAUCAUGUUCUGGAAAGGGGUCCCAGCAAGUACCCCAGGCCACAAGGGAUCCCACAGUCCCGGAUGCUGUCUGUGGCCAGCAGGGCCAGGUUGUGAACUCAGGGGAUGGGGUGCCCCCAAGUGUGGAGCCGGGUGCCAUGGCUUGCGGGAGCAGGAGCCUGGGGCACACAGCGGCUCAGCAGAUGUGACAGGUGCUGACCGGACGUCACAGUUGCCCUGCGGGACACUUUCCAGUGUGGAAGGCUUGUCAUCACGGAAGGAGCCUGUCUCAGAAGGUCAGGUUAACUGAGGGGUGCUCUGAAGCACACGGGGCUCGCGUUCUCUUCUCCUGCCAUGCUGGAGCCCACACCACCAACGACCUCAUUUGGCCCAGAUUGUGUCAGCGACGAUGCAGGUGGCAGGUAUGGGCCCAGACACCAGCCAAGCUCUGUUGCCUGUGGCCCUUGGUGUUGAGAGGAGAUCAUGCUUGGGGGCCGGGGGAGGGCUUCGUGUUUUAGUGAGGCCAUUGGCCUAGCCUGUAGGCAGUGGCCUGUCCUGGCCAAGUACAGGAGUUCCUAACUAGACUUCUGAGCAACUGCAGAGAAGGCAAACCCUCAUUCUUUUUGGGCCCACCAAGACUGUUAUUGGCCCAGAUCCCAGCUCCAUGUUUACACAGCCAUGCAAAGGCUUGGCACCAUCACAGAGGGCCCCUGGCAUACUCAGGCCUGUGUUGUCUGCUAUACACUGUGGCAUAGCCCCUACUGUACUGCACCAUGAGCCACUGUGCAGCAAAACCCGGGGAAGGCCGUUCGGACAUGUGUCGUGUAUGUAAAUGGUCACCGGGCUUCCCUUUCUCACCACGGCUUGCUGGCUCCGCAGGGUUCAGAUUGUGUCUGGAUUCUGAGCUUCCUGCCUCCACCUCCCCAGAGUUGGUACGACAGGUGCUCCCCCACCGUGCCCCCUUUUAGACAGGGCUUGGGAUCGAACCCAAGGCCUCACGCAGGCUAGACGAGCAUCGUACCCACUUGAGCGACAUCCCCGGCCCUCCAAGGCGUGUUUCUGCGAGCAUAAGCCUUAACACACAACUCUGAGAAGCUGAGUGGCUGUGUGGGGAAUCUGUCCUGGAAACUGUGACAUUACAGGGAGCCUGGAUGCCAGGUCCCGCAGGGCUUUGGAAAGAACAUCUUGCAAAGGCUGUGUCCUUCACCUCCCCCGCAGACUUCUCUCUGGGACCGCUCCCCUCCCCCACCGCAGGUCCGCCUUCCGAAGCCGCCGAGAGACCCUCUAAUUUAAUAUUUUAAUGUUUGCCUUGCUAAAGAAUGUUAGCAUUACUCUAGGAUGCUUGGACUUGCGUCCUGGUUGGGUCAAAACAGCUAGGCCCUUUAGAGACAAGUUUCCAGCCAGGUGUGGCGGUGGAGGCCUUUAAUCCCAGUACUGGGGAGGCUGAGGUAGGAGGAUGCUAGAGACCCUGCCUCGAAGAAACCAAAUGAAUAAGUAAAAAUGAGGUCACGUUGGACACACCCCCACAGCCCAUUUCCUGGAGCCAUCUGGUGGCCUGGCUCACGGUGCGCCCAGCUUUCCUUUCACUUCCAGGUUGGGUGAGAUGCUUUUGAAGUUCCCAUGCUGUCCCUUUCUAACCUUUCCAGCUCCAUAAGCAUGGGGCAACAGUCUGUGUGUGAACAGAUGUGACUCUGCUUGUAGGGACUGGGGGGCAGGCGGGGACCCGCUGGGCUGCUCCAGAGCUCCUUGGGAGGUCACAAUAAACUACUACCUGGGCGGUGCCAGGGCUGGGAGCACAGAGGCCGCUUCCUGCAGUGUGCUCACAGUGGCUAGGGCUGCCUUGGGUCCCCGGGAGCCAGCAUGGGUUUGCCCCGGUUUUAUCCGAGCAGUUCACAGGCCCAGCACCCCCCCACACACACACCCCAAGCCCCUCCUGACAUGAAGCAAGCACCUGACUGCCAGGUAUCCAAACUCAAGUUUUUGUCCUUUAGAAACCACAAGGGCCGAAUGUGAUUAGCGUGUCUUUGGAGGACACUGUGUAGGGGACUCCCGGCUGCCACUUGUCUGUACCCACUAUUUAUGCACGAUGCUGGACAGAUCCUGCAUGGGGACAUACGCCUGUCCUGUGCAUGGGACUUAACAGUUACCCUGGAUUGAACUGAAUAAACCAGUAAAGGUA